GUCGUUACUCUCCCCUGAAAUAUAAGAGAACGGCAUGUGAAGAAAAAAAAACUGUACACAACUGACUAUGGCAGUCAAUUUAGAGGACCCUACACACAGUAGAAAUCUGCGUGAUUUUUUGUUGCUGUACAAUGUGUUAACAGAGCAGUGUUUUAAUAGUUGUGUCAAACGUUUUCACAGCAAAAACUUAUCCAGAGGAGAGAAUGAUUGUGCUAACCUGUGUACAGACAGAUAUGUGUCAUUUAAUCAGAAGCUAAUGAUGACAUUUGUAGAAAAUCAGAAUAAAAAGAAUAAGGAUUUAGAGGAAGCCAUGAAAUCAUCAAUGGCACCCACUUUACUGCCUCAAUCCAGUGAACCAACAUAACUUUAUUGCCACAAUCCAGUGGACCAACAUGGCUUUCAUUGUAAUGUAAUUAAAAAACAAUUUGAAUAAAUAAAGAAAGGUUGAAUAAA